AUGCGUUUAUGGAAGCAUGGCUUUACAGGCAAGACUUUGGUCUUCGCUGUGACGGCUGCUUCAUGUCAGGCAUUCCUGCUCCUGGGAUAUGACCAAGUCGGCUGCGUCGUGGGCUCUCUGAUUACCUACUUUAUCGGGGAGCGAUUGGGACGACGCACCCUGUUGAUAAUGGGAGGUUCCAUCAUGAUUGUUGGCACCGCGAUCCUCGCCUCCUCGAUCACCAUCGCACAACUCAUCGUAGGCCGUAUAGUGACCGGCGUGGGAAACGGCAUGAACAGCUCGACCGCCCCGGUUUUUCUGUCCGAAUGCUCGCCCGCUUCGCAUCGAGGCCUGCUCAAUACGCUACAAGGCACAGUCACCAUCUUGGGUGUGGUGAUCGCAUACUGGCUAGACUAUGGCCUGAGCUUCACCGAUUCGAGCAUCCAAUGGCGCUUCCCGCUGGCGUUCCAGGCCAUGUUUGCCAUCUUCCUCGUGUUGCAGGUCAUCGGGCUUCCCGAGACGCCUCGUUGGCUCGUCCAACAUGACCGAUACGAGGAAGCGCGCUCCACCAUCGCGGCGCUGCUAGGCAAACACGAAGACGAUGAACAGGUUACCCGGCUGGUGCUUGACAUCCGCAGUGUCGUCGAGGAGGAGCAAAAGGGCGGACCCUUCAAGAUACGCGAGCUCUUCUCCGUCGACAAGACGCAGAAUCUGCGCCGGCUUCUUCUGACCAAUCUCCAUCCAGGCCGGACAACAAUUUUCUGGUUCAAAUAUGCUCAACUACUUUGCUCCCGUCAUAUACCAGAACGAGAUGAAGCUAUCGCGUAA